AUGGCUUUGGCGAUAGCUGUUGGAUUUGCUACAGUGACACAUUGGUUGGCUUCCAUGGUUGAAAACCCUGAGCCAGUGUCUAAUGAUAAUCGAGAAUUGGAAGACGUGGAUCCCCCUGCAUCUCUUCUUUCAUCAGCUGAAUCAUCGUCAGCUCCCAUGGUUGAAAACCCUGAGCCAAAAUCAGAGGAUAAUCAAGAAUCAGUUGUAAUGGAUGCCUCUACAUCUCUUCUUUCAUCAGCUCCUUGGAAGAAGUAUGAUGUAUUUCUGAGUUUCAGGGGUGCAGACACUCGUACGACUUUUCUAUCCCACUUACACCAUGAAUUGACAUAUGUGGAAGGGAUUCAAACGUUCAUGGAUGACAAAGAGCUUGAACUAGGGGCUCCUGUUGCUCCACGUCUGCUAAAGGCAAUUGAAGAAUCAAAUUUUGCAAUUGUUGUUCUGUCAAAAAACUAUGCUCAAUCUAUAUGGUGUUUGGAGGAACUUACAAAGAUUUGUCAAUGCAUGAUAAACAAUAACAGAAUUCUACCACUUUUUUAUCAUGUCGAACCUACUGAUGUGCGGUAUCAAAAGGGGACUUUUGGUGAUGCUUUCACUGAGCUUGAAAACUCUGGUCGGCACAAUUUAGAGAAGGUGCAGCAGUGGAGAAAUGCUUUACACAAAGUGGCCGGUUUCUCUGGCUGUAAUGCAAAGGAUCACAAGACUGAUAGAGAAGUUGUCAAAGCCAUUGUUGAAUCUGUGUGCAGUAAAGUACGACACAGUGAAAUUGAGCACAUUAUUUCCUCCAAUGAUUUUCAACCUUUUGAAGCAACAAAAAAAGCCAUGAAUGAGCUUAUGAAGGAGCUAAGAAAUGAACACGUCAAUAUCGUCGGGGUCUACGGCAUGGGAGGUGUUGGAAAGUCAACAAUGGUGGAACAAGUUGGUGCACAAGCCGAAAAAGAAGGGCUUUUCCAUAAGGUUAUUUUGGCUUGCAUAUCCCCAGAACCUAAUCAGUGGAAUAUUCAAGGCACAUUAGCAGACUUGUUGGGUUUGAAGCUGGUGGAUCAGACAGUAAUUGGAAGAGCCCGUACAUUGAGGAAGAAGAUAACAAGUGGAAAUAAGAUCCUUAUAAUCCUGGACAACAUUUGGAAUGAUAUGGACUUGACAACCAUAGGAAUUCCCAGAUACAAUGAGCUUAAAAGAUGUUAUUCCAAGGUCUUAAUCACCACAAGGAAGAGGGAAGUUUGCUAUCGUAUGCAUUGCCAAGCUAGCAUACAUCUCAGUAUCUUAACUGAAGAGGAUUCUUGGAAGUUGUUUGUGACGGAAGCACGAAAGUCUUUUGGAACAUCAACUUUCUAUGACAAAGCAAGGGAGGUAGCAAGAGAAUGUGCUGGUCUUCCAGUUGCGUUGAAAGCAGUUGCAAAGGCACUUGGGGAUAAAGACUUGCGUGAAUGGGAAAAGGCUGCUGAGCGACUAAAGAUGUCUCAACUUCCCCUCCCUGAAGACGAGAGAGAUGUGUUCAAAUGCAUCAAGUUAAGCUAUGAUUACUUGAAAUCUGAUGUUUCCAAAUCAUGCUUCUUGCUUUGCUGCCUAUUCCCGGAAGAUGAUGAUAUCAAAAUUGAAGACUUGCUGAAGUAUGGGAUUGGGAAAGGAUUGUUUGAAGAGUCCAACGUGCAAAAUGCCAGAGACACAAUACAUACGGUGGUUGAGUCUCUUAAAGAUUCUAGCCUGCUUUUGGAUGCUAAAAAAGAGGGGGGAUACAUAAGGAUGCAUGAUGUCGUCAGAGAUGUUGCCAUACAAAUUUCCUCACAAUUUUUUGUAAGAGCUGGUCUUGAAUUGCUUCAUUGGCCGGACAUUAAUGCACGUAAAGGCUACAUUGCAAUCUCACUAAUGAAGAACAAAAUACGCACGAUUCCCGCUGAACAGCUGGUAUUUCCAAAACUUCAUAUUCUCUUGUUACAAAGUAAUAUCAUGAAGAACAUCCCAGUUUCUUCAUUUGAACGUCUAGAGGCGUUAAGGGUGUUAGAUCUUAGCUACACUGGCAUUUCUUUACUUCCAGCAUCGUUCAAUCUCCUAAGCAGUCUCCACACUUUGUAUCUAGAUGGUUGCUUGUCAAGGAUAAGUAACAUAUCCCUACUUGGACAGUUGAAAAAACUUGAAAUUCUUAGCAUGAGAGACUUUCCUCUUUUGAAAUUGCCGAAAGAAAUAGGACAGUUGACCGCACUAAGGAUGUUGGACUUUACUAGAGUCUGUUUUGAUACAAUUCCUUCUAAAGUGAUAAGCAACCUCAAUAAAUUAGAGGAACUGUAUAUACAGUGCAAUUUCGCAGACUGGGGGAGUAAAGUUAAGGGGAGUAUAACAGAGGGGAGUGAAAUCCAGGGAAAUACAGUUGAGGAGAGUGAAGCUGAGGGAGCAAGAGAGGAAACUAAUGCUUCCUUUGAUGAGUUAACUAGCUUGUUGCAUCUACACAUUUUGAAGGUUUUCAUAUCUGAUCCAAAAUGCUUACCUACAGAUGAGGUUAAGUCUGACUGGAAAAGUUUUGACAUAUGUGUCUGUGAAGACCUGUCAAUUAGAAAAUCGCUUUUGAAUUCAUGUUCUCCACUUGAUUCAAAAGCCUUGAAUUCAAGUUCUUCACUAGAUUCAAAAACCUUGACUCUUGAUACAACCAUGGAUACCUUACCGAAAUGGUUUACUGAUGUGGUGACCAAGAAAACAGAGAAGCUACAGUAUAGAAACUGUCGAGGUUUAGUUAAUGUUCUCGAGGAAUAUUACCAAGGGACAUUAAGUGCACUUAAGGAUUUACAGGUUAUUGGUCCCAGUGAGAAUUUGGAACAAUUGAUGACCUCAAUAACAUCGGUUCCCGAUGAACCUGUAUUUGAAAAUUUGGAAGAGUUGCAUCUUGUUGAAGUGAAUUGUCUGAAGGAGUUAUGUGUUGGUGAAUUGCCAAAUGAGUCUCUAUGCAAGCUUAAAUUACUGAAGGUGAGAGGUUGUCAUAAGUUGAUGAAUGCACUUUUACAAUCUAAUUUGUUGAAGAGACUACACAAUUUGGAAAAACUAAGUUGUGAAGAGAUGGAUAAAUUAGAGUAUAUAUUUUCAUCUGAAAGGUCUGAGCUAGAAGAAAGCACUCUGCCAGAGUUGAUAGAGAUGAGAUUGCAGAAUCUUGGGAACCUAAUAAAGAUAUGGAAAGGUCCUGCUCCAUGUGGAAUCUUUCAUCAUGUAAAAUUUUUGGUAGUUACCGAGUGCAAUAAGCUGAAAAAUCUCUUCACAUCCGACGUAGCUCACCAUCUUCAUGACUUGGAAGAUCUUUCAGUAGAGGCUUGCCGAGGGUUGGAGAGAGUCAUUGAAGCAAGUGAGGAAACAGUGCACAACAAGAUAGUUCUACCAAAAUUGAAGAAGUUAGCUUUAAAAAUGCUUCUUAAGCUUACAAGGUUCUAUGGUAGUACUGGACAUGCUGCUAAUGAUGAAGAUGAAGAAAAUAUUGAGUUUCCUUUAUUGGAACACUCAGAUGUGCAACGCUGCAGUAGAUUUAGAUCUCCAGCUAAGAAGAAGUUGGUUACAAUGAUGAAUAAGCAGCAUGUUCUGAUUCUUUCGCGAGAGACAGGUCAGAAAGAUAUACCUCUUUUAAGCAGAAGAAGAGGAGAGGUUCCGAGAGAAAGAAGGUACAUCCAUCAAUAGCAACAAUUGUGAAGUGUAGUUGCCAUCAACAUAUGUUACAAAAUACCAAAUCUGGAAAAACUAGUUUGUGAGAUAAAGGUUAACAUAUCUGAUGCAGAUUGCUUGCCUCAAAUUGGUGAGUUUAGCCCGAGUUGGGUAAUCUUUGAUAUACGUAUCAGUUGAGAAACACUACCUAGUGAUUACUCUUCGGAGCCAUACUUUGAACAUGAUCUU